AGACUCGGAUGCUGAGAAGACUGGAAUGACCCUAUUCAGAGACGAGAGCAUGACGGGGGUGUUGAGACCCAGCAAACAGAAAACCGGUGUGAAGCGUUCUCGCGGUGAGCCUUACAGGGUUUUCGAUUACCAGCAAGUGCCAAUCUCUGUGACAAGCAUCCCAUGUGACUUCACACCCUUUCAACAGCCGUGUUCAUCUCCACCUUCUACAGCCCUGCAGAGAAGCAGAGAAAAACCUCAGAGCAGACGCAAGUCCAGAAACAGAGCAGCUCAACUAAGAAUGGAGGAGUUGCUGUGUAUUAAGAAAGAACUGACAGUGAUUAAAUCGCAGAUAGAUGGGUUACUGGACAAUCUGGAGCGGAUGGACCCACAAAGCCAAGAGUCAUCAGGGCGAGGUGUGGCGUGCUCUCCGCUCCACGGUUCUGUGAGCAGUGUGGACAGGUCAUCCGGUGACACCCCUCCUCUGAAAACAGAUGAAGAGACACAGAGUCCACAGACAGCAGACAGCAGUGAUGAAGACAGACAGCAUAUUGUAAACUCACAAACAAGAUGUUUCAAGAAAUACUAAACAGCAAAGCGAGGAGAUGGAAGACGGGAAAUACAGGAUGAGAUGGAGCAUUUCCACAUCAUCUAUCAUCUGCUGAAAUUAAACUCAACAUGAACGCAGAGCUGAAAGAUUUCCGUAUAUAUUCAUAUGAGUUCAGCUGUUAAAUGCUGGACUGAUUUUAUAAGAAUCUUUUGAUCAUUGAAUUGAGCUUGAAGUGUUUGAAUCCGGUUUUCCAGCAAAACAAAAGUGACUAAUGAUAUAGCAGGUCAUUUCAACACAUUUAAUGUUUUUACAGCAUAUCAAUGAAGAUACUAUAUUAGAUCAAGAUAAUAUAGAAUGUGCUCACACACAGCAAUAUGUGAUAUCCCACAAAAACACACGUUAUAGUUUAGACGAAUGUCUAAAUGGGUCUUGAAGACCUACAGUAUUUCACCCAAUAAUUCAAAAAUAAUGUUUGAUCACGGAAAUGUGUAUUAAAAAAUAUAAAUAUUUAGUAUUUUUUACUUGUUAAUUUAAUUUGUUAUUUAUAUAAAUACUUCUGAAAGAAAAUGUCAUAGUGUAAUACAUAAAAUGGUCAAAUUGAUUUCUGCUUUGUUUGUAUGUUUCUUAGUUAUUUAUUUACUUUUUCUUGUAAUACAUACUGUAUCAUGGAA